AUGUUUAAAAUAAAUCCAGAAUUCGCGAUCGCGUAUACAAAGUUAACAGUGACGCUGGUUUGCUCCUGGCCGCCGGGAAAGAAUUCAAGUAGACGAGAUUUUUUAUUAUUUACGAUAAAAUGGUGGAUUUCAUGGCUGCUGGGAAUUUUUCUGGUGAUACCUUUGAUUUAUGCGGCAUACAUUGAUCGGAGGAACGUAUUAGAGUUUACGAAAUCUCUUUGUCUCGCGGUAUCCUGUGGCCAGUGCGCGGUGAAAAUGUUUUUAUGCAAGCUGCAGCAUAAUCGGAUUAAGUUUUUACUCGACGAAAUGGAGGAGUACGUGAAAGCAGCUGGGCCUUUUGAAAGAAAAAUAUUUUUGAGUUACAUAAAAAAUUGCGGACUAGUUCACGUGACUUUGAAUGUUUGUUCGCUGGUAGCAAGUGUUGGAGUAAUUUUGGGACCUCUCGUUCUGCCCCAGAGCCUCCCAACUGAGGCCAAGUACCCGUUCUCCGUCGAAAACCAUCCAAAUUAUGAAAUAAUCUACAUUCAUCAAACCUUUGCGGGAAUCCUUUGCUCCUCGAUCGGUUCAAUAGACUGUCAAAUUGCUAUGCUACUUUGGUUUUCGAUCGCUCGGUUAGAGCUUUUGAGCCUGGAAAUGAAAAAUAUAACAAAUGUUUAUCAGUUUUACAACUGCGUUCGCAAGCACCAAUUUUUGUUGUGGUUUGUCGACGAAACAAUAAAAGCUGGCCGGUAUUUAGUUGCUACAACAGUUAUUAUGACAACUUUGGCUGUUAUUUUGGGAGGUGUCCAUAUUGUUGGGAAUGAACCGAUGCUUGUUAAAUUACAAUUUGUAAUUAUUGUCGGAGGGUUUUCUAUGUUACUAUACGUUACUGCGUGGCCAUCGGAAAUCCUUACAAGAAUGUGUCAAAACAUUGGCUGGACCAUCUACAACUCUGAGUGGAUGAGAAAUUCAAAAGAACUAAACAAAGGCAUUGAAUUUGUUAUACAGAGAUCUAACAAGCCCGCCGUAAUUUAUAUUUCAGGAAUUUUUCCAGCGAUUUCAUUGAACUACUAUGCUAUAUUUUUAUCAAAAACUUUUUCUUACUUUACAACUCUUCGUAUUAUAUUAGCCAAGUUCGAAUAA